CUUUCACUGUCCUUCCUGACUUUCUUCUUAGAUGCUGCCCAUUUCUCCGAAACCCAUUAGCGCAUUCGCAUGUCUUUUGUCGUCUUCGUCGUUUGGAUCAAAGCCAAUUGCACUGGUUCCAUAUUCCAAUUACUAGACUUGAUUGAUUGAUUUACUGAUUGUACUGAUUGAUUCCUAUCCUACUUACCUACAUACCUGUCUAGGUACCUACGUACUCUAUACUGGCCUAGUCUAGAUUGGUUCCCCCUCACCACAAACUUGCCCAACGCGGCUUGGCACCCACACUGUACAACACCACUGUCCAGUCGGCUGGGCUGAAGCGACGCUCUGAUUUCUAUCUACUACGACCUACCUUCCGCUACUCCGAUUCCCGCAAUUCGGGGCUGGACUGUCGCCAUCAAUCGAUCAUCGAUCAAAGAGCCGAAAGAGAGCGCCGGAAUAGAUAGCAGUACCUGGAAGGGCUCUUGACAGUAAUAUCUUGGGGCUCCGCCUCUUCCCAGCUGUUCCGUUGGUUAGACGCGACAUUUGGAUCCCGUUCCUUCACUCAACGACUCUACGUCUGGAUGGACAUCGCUGCCAUCAAAUGAGCCAGUCACCCUCCAACAUGACCAAUUCGGCUGCGAACAGGGACGAUCCCAAACCUGCACCCGACGCCUCAGCCCUCGGACAACCCAAAGGAGCCGUGGAGAUGGGCAACAUCCAACAGUCUGACGACGGGUUAGACGCGCAAAAAUCAACUAGAAACAUAGCGAAGACGUCACAACCAUUGAACUCCAAUAGCAGUAAUGCCAGUGCGGCUGUCGCUGCAAGUUCUGAUGGCGAGCAAACCCCGUCGGCAGCCGCCAAGGGCAAAGAGAAGGAGACGGGCGAUCCGACAAAGCGCGGGGAUUCGCUUUCGAUAGAUCCGGCCGGCGACAACGCCAGCUUGACCUCUCCUGGCAGUGCUGACCCAGCAAACCCAGCGUGCAACAUUACGCUCCUGCUGCCGACCGGCGCUCGGCACCCUUACCGCAUCGACGAGAGGUACCUGUCGAAACGCAACGUCGAAAUUCCCGACCUGACCGAGGACGGCAAGCGGGAUCCUUUCAGCAUUAGCAUCUAUAAACUCAAAGAGUUGAUCCUCCGGGAGUGGCGCGAUGAGUGGGAAUCGCGACCGGCCAGUCCGAGCAGUAUACGGCUGAUUCAUUUUGGGAAACUCCUCGAUGAUAAGGAACAGUUGAAGAAAUAUCAAUUCAGUGCUGAAGCGCCUAACGUCAUCCACAUGUCUGUCAAGCCGGCAGAGAUGAUGGAGGAGGAAGAGGGCGCCAAAACGAAAGGCUCUGGCGCGGGCGGGAGGACACGCGAGGGCGGCGGCUGCUGUGUCAUUCUAUAAAGCAGUUUCGGAUGUGCACUGGGAAACCUUGGGAUGAAUACCAAAACCCAGUUUCACUCAUCAAUCGCCGAACACAUCUCCGGCGAGACCACCAAGUUGGUCUGUAUGCACCAUGACUAAACGCACCCGCAUUAGACCGACAAGUCGAUGUAGGCUUGUGCAAAGCAGCAGCAUAACCGGGCUGUGAGCGGCCCGUCCACUCUUACUCUACCCCCCAUCUGAGGAACACACCGGAUGGGCGCCAAAGUCAUUUGCAGCAUAGUAAGCAUGGGAUCUAUCACCACAGCGAGGGAGGGUGAGAGUGGAGGGAAUGGAGUUUUCUUAUGUCAGAGAGUCGUCUUCUGCUAUUAUCUGUUUCCUCAAUCUUCAUCUGCUGGGUAUUUGUCGUCUUUUUAAAUGAAGGGCCUGGGUGUUCUAGGCGCAAGAGGUUGCUUUACCACGUAUCAUUGAUUCCUCUUACCUAACUUAUAUAUGCAUAUAUAUAUACAUCUACAUUAAAUGUUCC